AGAUAGAGUCAACAAUGAGAGAGAGGGGGCAUCAAUGAUAAGAGAUACAGAGUGUUAGAGAGAGAGAGAGAGGGGCAUCAAUGGUAAGAGAUACAGAGUGUUAGAGAGAGAGAGGGGCAUCAAUGGUAAGGGAUACAGAGUGUUAGAGAGAGAGAGGGGGCAUCAAUGGUAAGAGAUACAGAGUGUUAGAGAGAGAGAGAGGGGGCAUCAAUUGUAAGAGAUACAGAGUGUUAGAGAGAGAGAGAGCAUUAAUAGGAGAUACGGAGAGAGAAAGGGCAUAUCAAUAAGAGAUAGAAUUACGAUUGAGGAUGAGAGAGAGAGUAUAGAGAGGAUGAGAGAGAAAAUUCGUUUCUGUUGAUUCUCGUUAAUGGCUUACAUGCAUUCUGACUAGUGACCUAUUUCCCAGUCCAGAGCGAGAGAUUUCAUUUCGUUGCAGAGAGAAAGAGUUCUACAUGCACUUCUUCUCUCUAAUGGCCGGUUUCCUUGUGUAAUAACUACGUGCUCCGAAGUCGGAGAAAGAAGAAAUGCAAAUUCGCUAAAAAAUGCCGGAGGAAGUCGUUUGUGCACUGCUGAAAAAUCGUGAAUUUUUUUUGCCGGAAGUUUGCCAGAAAACAAAGGUAAGAGUUUUCUUCCCCGGAAUUUAGCUGGGAUUGGUGUUUGAAAAAAAAGAAAAGGGGCACCUGGCAUAUUGGGAUUCCGCUGGAAGUGUCAUCGAUCUCGAUCAAUUUGAAAUCCAUGCUUCAAAUGCCAAGCUUACUGAACGAUUUGAAUCGGCCAAGUAGAGAGAGAAGAAGAGUCUGAAUCGUGCUGUUUAUAUCGAAAAACAGGGCAAAAGAAUGAGGGAUUUAUCCUGAAUAUCUCUCUACAUUUUCUCUGAGUCCAUUCCACUCUCUUUUUUCUUCUUCUUAUUUUUCCUUUGUUGCUGGACAAGAGUUACAGCUUCUCGAGUUCCGAAAAGGUGCCGGAAAACGAAGACCUGGCAGCUCCCAAAAAACCGUGAACUAGUCCAGAGAAGAAGUGAGCGAAUAUUCUGGGAAGUAUUUAGCCCCAAAGCAAGCAUCCGGGACAGCAUUUGGCCAGAAAGGUAGGCUUCUGGUGAUGAUUUGAUCAGAAAGUGCAGUUUUCAGCGAGAAAUUAGCGGAAAAGUGAGCAUCCAGCAAGGAAUUGGCUGGAAAGUGAGAAUUCCAGAGAGAAGUUGGCCGGAAUUGAUUGAGUGGAAUGAGAUGAAGAUUCAGUGUGAUGUUUGCGAGAAGGCGGAGGCAGCGGUGCUGUGCUGCGCGGAUGAGGCCGCUCUGUGCUGGAGCUGCGACGAGACCGUGCACGCCGCCAACAAACUUGCAUCGAAGCACCAGAGAGUGCCAUUGCUCCUCAAUUCAUCGCACCAUGCCAAUCCUAAAUGUGACAUUUGCCAGCAGGAGAAAUCAGGCUUCUUCUUUUGCUUAGAGGACCGAGCUCUGUUAUGUCGACAAUGCGACGUCUCAAUACACACACAUAGCCCUUACGUCUCCUCCCAUCAAAGGUUUCUACUCACUGGUGUCAAAGUUGGGCUUAACCACCACACUUCCCCUACUCCUCAGGAUUCAAAGAAUGAGAAUCUCCCGAAUUCUGCACUUCCCAGAGACCAAGCGGCCGGAGUCCGGCCACAGUGGCCCCUUGAUGAGAUAUUCAGCUUCCCGGAUUUUGAUCAUUUAGAUACGCUCUCAGACUGUGGGUCUUCACAGAUUAGUACUCGGGCGAACAACCACCACCACCAAAACCAUCCUUUCUUGCAUCACCAGCAGAAUUAGUCUCUCUCUCUCCAUAUGCUCCCUUCGUUUGAUUUCUCUACUAUUUUUUUUUGCAGAACAUGGGAGCCUUUACUUGGCUUCUCACUCCAUGCACAUGAAAUAAAUAAAGAAAAUGAAAAUCUGAAAAACCAAAAAUAUUGCAAAAGGAAAAACAAAAUCUUAUAGAGUUUCUUGGUCUUUUGCCCUAUUAACUUUUGUUGCUACAGUGGAAUAAUAUAUAAAUAUUUCUUUCCUGCCA